AUGGCCAGAACUCAGCACUUCCCGGUGCAGGCAAAGAUCCCGAUCUACUCGGUCGGCUUCAUCCAGGAUGAUGUCAUCGUCUACUCAGGCGGCGGAGGCGCGGGCCGAUCAGGCGUCACCAAUGCCGUCGUCGCAGCGCGAGUAGACUUCCAGACGCAAAGUAUCGAGAAGCUGGACGAGCUCAAGCUGUCUCGAGACGAAGAUGCUCCUAUGGCCAUGUCGGUCAACACCUCCAAAUCGCAGCUGAUCUGCGGCAUCAACAAUACGGCAGACGAGAUGAAGAAGGGCAACAACCAGCCAAUCCGCAUCUUUGACUACUCGCUGCAAGAGGCUGAGGUCACAGAAAAGUCUGGCUCAACAAACGACGAAAAAGCCUCAUCUGCAGACAAAGGCAAAGCAAAGCAGGAGGACGUCAAGAUGGAGCUUCACUUUGCCAAAGCAGCACAGUCGAUGCAGAUCCAAGACCCAGAGCAGUACAUCAAAGUGGCUGCCUUCAGUCCGAAUGGACGCAUGCUCGCCUUGGCCAGCACAGACGGUCAAGUUGCGCUCCACCGAUACCCAGCCCUCUCGCCUAUCUGGGACGACGCGGGCGAACCUUCAUCCUCCGCCCUUGCCGCCGCAGAGGCCAAAGACACCUCCAUCUCGAUACCCUCCCAAGACUUUGAAAGGAGCGAGCUCUAUGACGCCGACUUUUCGCAUUCCAACACGCAAGUCGUCUUCACUUCUUCAUCCAAGCUCGUCGUCUAUGCCACGGAGCCCUUCUCCGAGUCUAACUCGGAUGAUGCAGCGAGUCCAACCGACGAGUCCACACGGUCCGCCGAAGGCUACGCGCAAACCAUCCAAACCAUCAAGAAUCCGGCCCUCGGUGGCAAGGGCCCCUGUUCCUUCCGGGCCGCACGCUUUGGUCGUGGCGAGGCGAGCAAAGAGAAGCUCUUCACUGUCGUCAACGCUGCCCCUGCAGGCGGCAGAGGCCCCAAAGCCAAGAUCCGCAAGAGCUUCGUCACCGCUUGGGACGCCGAUACCUGGGACCUCAUCGAGACGCGCCACGUCUCGGAUCGUCCCGUCACCGUGUUCGAUGUCUCGCCGGACGGCAAGUUCCUGGCGUACGGAUCGUCGGAUCUGUCCAUUGGCGUGCUCGACGCAAAGACCCUACGACCCGUGCUCAAGAUUCUGCACGCACACGACUUCCCACCCACAUGCCUCAAGUUCAACCCGGCGUCGAACCUGCUCGUCUCUGCCAGUGCGGAUAACACGCUGCGAGUGAUUCCGAUCCCAGCGAAGGCGCUGCUGGAAAAGGCGGCGAGUGCAGGUGGCGCAUUGGCGUUCAUCUCCGAGACAAGAAUGGGGUUCUAUACGACCAUCUUCCUCUCCCUGCUCAUCGCCGCUUUGGCGCUCUGGUUCCAGCGUCAGUACCUCAUUCGCUAG